AUGGGUCUUAAUAACCCUAUUCCACGAGGUUUAAAGGCUGAAUCUAAAAAGGCUGCAAAGAUAUUAACUUCGUUUAUUAAGCCAAAUCAAGUGUUUGGAGCUGAUCAAGUUAUUCCUCCAGAUGUGUUGAAGAGGGCCCAAGGGUUAGCUAUUAUUACUGUAUUUAAAGCUGGGUUUUUAUUUUCUGGUAGAGGUGGCUCUGGUGUAUUAGUCGCCCGUUUACCUAAUGGACAUUGGUCUGCUCCUUCUGCAAUUGCAAUGGGCGGCGCUGGUGCUGGUGGUAUGGCAGGGUUAGAGUUAACAGAUUUUGUUUUUAUAUUAAACACAAAGGAUGCAGUUAAAUCAUUUUCAGAGUUUGGUACAAUUACGCUUGGAGGAAAUGUUUCUGUUUCAGCUGGUCCCUUAGGUAGAAAUGCGGAGGCUGCUGCAUCUGCAUCUUCAGGUGGUUUCGCAUCAGUAUUCUCUUAUUCUAAAAGUAAAGGUCUUUAUGCGGGUGUUUCUUUAGAAGGAUCUGCUAUCAUUGAAAGGAGAGAUGCUAAUAGGAAAUAUUAUGGUGAUCGCUGUACUUCCAAAGAUAUCUUAUCAGGUAGAAUUAAACCACCUGCUAUUGCGGAUCCGUUAUUACAUGUAUUAGAAUCAAGAGCUUUUAAUUAUAGAGCACCAGGAGAAACUAGAGCAGGGGAUGAUUACGAUAUUGACGAUUUUAACUUUAGUGACGAUGUUGAAGAAGAUGAUUAUAAUUAUAGUAGAGAUAAUUCCAACAAUUCCAGAAGAUCAAAUACACCUAUGGGAGCACAUAAUGCUCGUGCUGGCAGAGGUUAUUAUGACGAUGCAGAUGAUGAUUGUUUUAACGAUGCUGGAUCCAAUACCACAUAUAAUAGUGGUGACAAUACAUCAAUAAACUACAAAAAAGAUAAUAGAAAUCCAAGAUUAUAUAAUGCAAGAAAUAACUCUAGCCGUUCAACCUAUAAUGAUGAAUUUUACAGUUCAGAUGACGAAGAAAAUUACUAUAGAUCAAAUAACUCAAGAUCACAAUAUGGCCGUGGCUCAACUCAACGAGAAAAUAGUAAUAACAACAGGUCAUAUACUCAAAACAAUAACAGCUCUCGUUGGAAUAAUAAUUCACAAAAUCAGCAAGAGGAUGAUUCUGUAAGAAAUUUAUCUGACAGGUUGACAAAUUCAAAAUUAUCUAACACAAGUACACUUUCUCAGAGACAAACUAAUAAUAACUUACCCAAGGCUGUGGCAUUAUAUACUUUUGAUGGUGAAGAAAGAGGAGAUUUAUCUUUUAGAAAAGGUGAUAUUAUUGUAAUCAUCAAGAAAUCAGAAUCUCAAGAUGAUUGGUGGAGUGGCAGAUGCAAUGGAGAAGAAGGAAUCUUUCCCGCAAAUUAUGUCGAAUUAGUUUAA